CGGGCAAUUCCAGUGGAAAGCGCACUGGCAGGCCAGUGCAGUAGAAGCCAGACCACGCAUAACAAGUGGGCAGGAUGUUUAUCCGCUCUCUGAGUCGCUCCCUGGGUAGAUUUCGUGUGUCAGGACGCCAGUUCACUUCCGCCUCCUUCUACGACGACCUGUACGAGAAGACGAAGCUGAAGUACAAAUCCAAGAAGUUACCGAAAGACGUGAAUUUGCAAGGAGUUUUCGCGUGCAAUGAACUGGAUUUGGGCGAAGUGCAAGUCUACGGAUUUGACUAUGAUUACACUCUGGCGUGCUAUAAACCGUCACUCGACUACCUUCUCUAUGACCUGGGCCGGGGGCGACUCAUUGACGAGUACAAGUAUCCUGAAGGAAUCUCCAGUCUUCCCUACCGACCGGACUUCACUAUCCGCGGACUGCACUAUGAUAUCGAACAGGGACUCCUGAUGAAACUCGACUCCUUCCUGCAGAUCCAGCUGGGCACGGUGUAUCGCGGAUUGACAGCACUCUCGGAUGCCGAUGUGCUGAAGAUCUACAAGAACCGCAUUCUCUCCAUUGCGUACGUGGAGGGCAAUUCGAAGCUCACGGACAGUCGGCCGAAGAUGAUGCAGCUGGCGGAUCUGUUCUCAGUGCCAGAGAUGUGCCUUCUGUGCAACGUGGCGGAGUAUUUCGAGCGCAACCACAUUGAUUACCAUCCGGAGAUUCUCUUCCGCGACGUGAAGAACUCCAUCCGAGUGUCGCACGGCGUGAUGCACGGCAUUGUGAUGAAGAACAUUGAGGAGUACGUUGAGUCCAACGGACAAUUGGCGACUUUCUUCGAGCGCCUCGUGAACGCGGGCAAAAGGCUCUUCCUGGUCACGAACAGUCCCUUCCAGUUCGUCAACACGGGCAUGAAGGCGCUCAUGGGGCCGCAAUGGAAGGAUCUCUUCGACGUGGUGAUCGUGCAAGCGAGGAAGCCACGAUUCUUCACGGACACCACACGCCCCUUCCGGCUGCUGGACGAGAAGACGGGCACCCACUUGUGGGACCGCGUGUCGCGCCUGGAGAAGGGACGCGUGUACUACGAGGGCACGGUGCAACAGCUGCAGGAGUUGACGGGCUGGAAGGGCCACCAGGUGCUCUACUUCGGCGAUCAUCCGUACAGCGAUCUGGCGGACGUGACGCUGGAGCACGGCUGGCGCACAGGCGCCAUCAUCAGCGAGCUGAGCCACGAGAUUGAGACGCUCAACAAUCCGGACUUCAAGCAAAACGCCAACUGGCUGCAAAUGCUGACGCAGCUGAUCGAGGAUCAUCAGGAUCGCGAGACGCCUGAGGCGAAGAAGGCUCUGAGGCGAUGGAUGGACGAGCGAGAUCAUCUGCGGAAUGACAUCAAGGUGAUCUUCAACAAGCAGUUCGGCUCCGUCUUCCGCACCUACAACAAUCCCACGUACUUCUCGCGCAGGCUCUUCCGCUUCUCCGACAUCUACACGUCCAACGUGACGAAUCUCCUGCAGUACGGUGUGGAUCACACGUUUUAUCCGCGCCGCGGAGUGAUGCCGCACGAGUAUAUCUCAUAUUUUAUGUGAAGAGGCCAUCAAAGGCCGGCAAAGUAUAGCUCUCUAUGUUCAAGUGACUUCCGGACAAUAAUUGCCAAAUUGCUUUAUUUUUGAUAGCGAAUUUUAUGUAGCUGUUCUCGCCUUGCAUGAGAUUUUUUUCGAGUAUUUUGCUAUAGUAUUUUUUCCGCGAAUAAAGUGCAAAUUGUAUAGAUGCCAUGAUAUAAUAUGAUGAUAAUUUUAGAC